AUGGAUGAAAAAAAUUUGGGACACGAAUUACGUCAUUCCUUGCUUGGUAUAUUAGCUCAAAAUGUUUUAUUACAAACCGAUCGUGAUAAAUUAAAACUGGCAAAUCCUGAGAAACGAAAAGCUGAAGAAAAUGAUUUAUCCAAGGAUUUGAAAAAGGCUAAAUUGGAAACAAAAGCAUUAAAGGCUAAAAGACCCGGUUUUACAGAUGAACGUUAUCAUGAAACUUCAUAUUAUAUUGAAAAUGGUCUUCGAAAAGUUUAUCCAUAUUAUUUUACAUUUACAACAUUUACAAAAGGUCGAUGGGUUGGAGAAAAAAUUUUAGAUGUUUUUGCAAGAGAAUUUCGAGCACAUCCAGCGGAAGAAUAUGAAAGAUGUAUUAAAGCUGGAACAUUAACUGUUAAUUAUGAAAAAGUGCCAACUGAUUACAGACUUAAACAUAAUGAUCUAUUAGCGAAUGUUGUGCACAGACAUGAAGUACCAGUCACUAGUCAACCAAUCACAAUAGUGCAUAUGGAUGAUGAUAUUGUGGUUGUUAAUAAACCAGCAUCAAUUCCAGUUCACCCAUGUGGUCGAUAUCGUCACAACACUGUAGUUUUUAUCCUAGCUAAGGAAUAUAAUUUGAAAAAUUUGAGAACAAUACAUCGCUUGGAUCGCUUAACUUCUGGUCUUCUUUUAUUUGGUCGUAGUCCAAAAAAAGCUAGGCAAAUGGAACAUCAAAUAAGAAAUCGACAAGUGCGAAAAGAAUACAUUUGCAGAGUAGAUGGCGAAUUUCCAGACGGUACUAUAGAAUGCAAAGAGCCGAUUGAAGUUGUAAGCUACAAAAUUGGUGUUUGUAAAGUUUCGCCUAAAGGAAAAGAAUGUACCACAUCCUUUCAGAAAUUAGGAUACAAUGGUAAGACGAGUGUGGUUUUAUGUAAACCGCUAACAGGAAGAAUGCAUCAAAUACGUGUACAUUUGCAAUAUUUGGGCUAUCCUGUUGUUAAUGAUCCAUUAUAUAAUCAUGAAGUUUUUGGACCGAAUAAAGGUAGAGGUGGUGAUAUUGGUGGAAAAUCAGAUGAACAAUUAGUUAAAGAUUUAAUUAAUAUUCAUAAUGCUGAAAAUUGGUUAGGAAUUGAUGGUGAUUCAGAAUUAUCGUUAUUUAAAUCAAUUCGUAAUGAUCCCGAUGACAGUCUUGGUGGUUGCGUUAAAGGUAAUACAAUUAGUGAUGAUGAAUCUGAAAGUGUAUCAAGAGAAUCAUCGCCAUGUUCAGAAAGCCCUAGACCAGUAUCAAUAAGAAGUGAAAGUCCACAUGAUACAAUACAAGGCAAUAUGAAUAGUCAUCAUAACCAUAAUCAUCAUAGUAGUCAAAAUAACAAUAAUAAUCAUAUUCAAUCAAAAGUAAUAACAACAGGUAUUAAUAAUUCAACAACACCAACAACAUCAUCUACAGGAGUCAUAACGACAACAUCAAAUUCCAUUGGAACAUUAAUUUCAACAGGCACCAAUACAAUAUCUACAUCAAUUAUAAGUAAUCAGACAAACUUAGGAGGAAAUUGUUGUAAUCAAAAUUCAAAUACACCAUCAUUAGCCUUACAGUCAAAAGUCAAGGUAACAGUUGCUACACAAACUGGACAUGAAUCACCUGAUUUAACUUUUAAUCCAGACAAAAUGACAACAGAUAAACAUUGUUAUGAAUGUAAAGUAAGAUAUAGGGAUCCAAAACCACAAGAUUUGGUUAUGUAUUUACAUGCUUGGAAAUAUAAGGGACCUGGCUGGGAAUAUGAAACUGAUUUACCAAAUUGGGCUAAAAUUGAAUGGGUUGAUCCUACAUAUGAAUAGAAAGUAAAAUAUGUAUUUUUUUUUAAUUUGGAAUUUAAGAAAAAUCAAAACUGCAAGUAAUGCAAAAAAAAAUCGGAAUUAUUUCAUAUUUUUUCUAUCAAAAUAAAAAACAGUAAAACUAAACUACAAAUUUGAGAAAUAAAACAUUUUCUUUUUUUUUUUAACAUAAGGUUUUUUUUCUAGAAACACCCCUAUUUGUACUUAAAAAAAACCAAAAAAAAAUAUUUGUACAUGUAUUUAUAAAUAAAGAAAAAAAAUAUUAAAAAUUAAAAAAAACAUGAAAAAGUGCACUUUUAGCCAGUAGAAUUCUCACUACUUUCGUAAUAAUACACAAAGAAGUAGAACAAAAAAAAAUAAAUAAGAAAAGUUUAAAAUUUAAAAAAUAAAAUUUUUUUCAAAAGACAUUUUUUCAUAUCAAAAUAUUAAAAAGAAAAAUAUAUA